CCCUACUGAAACCUAAGGUGUCUAUCAGCAAAUUAUACGAACGUGUUUAAUUAAUUAGGUUAUUUUUUAAUUGUAGUCAAAUAUUGUAUUGUUUGCCUUUAUUUUGGAAAAUUAGAGGUGGAACCGGAAGUACUGCGGCUUCUUUUAGCGGCAGUCUCUGAAAAUUGCCGCGUCUGCUUGAGCUCCUCGCUUAAUAAAGGAAUGUCUGAUUCCAUUGGAAGUGGCCGUUUUAACCUCCCUGACUAUGACCAGUUCGAGGAUGAGAGCUUUCCUCCUCUCCCACCACCCCUCUCCCCAGGCCUUGGAGGGGACGACCCGUUUGGUAAUGGGGAGGAAGACGGAGACCUCUCCAAACUAGCAGAUGUUCCCGCAGCUAAACGAAGGACGGUCAAAAGGCCACAGCCCAAACUGGAUUCCCAGAGGCUCACUUCGGAGAGGGGACUACCAGCUCUACGGAACCUGUUUGGCAAUGUCAGAUUUAAAGGCAAAGGGCAUGAGGCAGAAGAUCUGCGUGUAGUCAUGCAGAAGAUGGAGAACUGGGCCCACAGAUUGUAUCCGAAACUGCAAUUUGAUGAUUUCAUGGACAAAGUGGAGAGGCUGGGAAGCAAGAAGGAUGUUCAGACCUGCCUGAAGAGAAUACGACUGGACAUGCCUUUGGUUCAUGAGGACUUCAUUGGGGAGACAGAGGUGACUCCGGUGCAGCAUGUCUUUGAGGAUCCAGAACCCUUUGGCAGCACUGGGAGAUUCCCUCUGGGCUCCCAAGGCCCAGCCCACUCCACCCCAGCCCCCUCCACCCCAGCCCCCUCCACCCCAGCCCCCUCCACCCCAGCCCCCUCCACCCCAGCCCCCUCCACCCCAGCCCCCACCCUGACAGAGGAGCAGCAGAGGCGCAUCGAGCUUAACAGACAGCUGGCCCUGGAGAGGAGGCUGGCCAGAAGACGGCCCCCCACAGACCAACCAGACUCCCAGGCCGACUCCCAGGUGGCCGUCUCCGCCCAGGCAGACUCCUCCCAGGCCACCUCUGCCCAGGCAGCCUCCUCCCAGGCCACCUCUGCCCAGGCAGCCUCCUCCCAGGCCACCUCUGCCCAGGCAGCCUCCUCCCAGGCCACCUCUGCCCAGGCAGCCUCCUCCCAGGCCGGUGUACAGGCCUCUUCUGUACACCUACCCCCAGCUAUUUCACCACCGACUGAACCCUGUCCACUGGUGCCUGGGUUUGAGGAAAGGAAGGACAUGGAGGUGGGCCCCAGCACAGAACCCCCAAUAGACGCCGAACUCGACCCAGCGUGAGGGAGUAGAGCCCCGCCAGCCCGGGAGUAAACUUGACAGCCAUUCACUUGUCCCGUGCACGCUUACACAGUGCAGGUCUCCAUUGUGUUCUUGGUUUAUUUGAAAGCUUGUCUUCUGUUUUGGACAUGCAAACCACACUCUACAUUGUGUCCUAAAGUGGUCCUUAGUUAAUACGUGCAGGAGUCACUAACUUAUUCUCAAAGUUGGUUUUAAUUGGAUAUUUAUUCCAAAAUAUUAUAUUUUAAUUAAAACUAAAGUGGA